AAUUCAUCUUUUGUUUCCAUUUCAGAAAAGCUGGCCACCUCCACUAAGGCAACAUUCUACAGACACAAAUCAGUUGGACUACAUAACACUCUUGGGUGACAAAGACCUGAUGAUGGAUCAGCUUCUACCAUUAACAGCUGGUGGUGCAUCAUCAUCUUCAGUCAGUUUAGAUACUAAUGUGCCAUCCUCCACCUUUUCUUCAGCAUCUCCUUCAAGUGAUGCACAAGCAACUCUCCUCUCCAGCAUUGAACUUAUCAAUGGGGAAAUAUGUGCUGAUGGGAAUAGUAUUGCUCCCAUUAUUGUGAUGGAGGGAAGAAGUGGAGCGGAAGCCAUUGACAGUAUGGACGUCAGUAUGGCAGACACACUCACUGGAACAGUUUCUGGUGCAAAUAGGGUGGGAGAAGUGGAUUCCCUUGAUAUGACUGCCAUCGCAAAGGAUGCCACAGAAGACAUUAUCGUGUCCAGUGGUUCAGCUCGCACAGAUGUUUUAGGCAAUGUUAUUCGGUCUCACCAUGCUAAAAAAAGGCAACAGAUUAACUUGACCAAGAAGAUGAUGGAAUUUGGUUGCCAUCCAUCCUGUGCUCAUUCCACUGGAGAAGUUGUGAGUUUUACAAAUGAUGUAGUGUUAUCUUCCUCGGCAGUAACAAUGUCUGCCACAUCACAUCUUCAGUCUGCCCUCUUACAGGAUGAUGGUGUAACUAGUGAGCUUUAUCAAGAGACACUAAUGGGUCAUGAUCUUCUCUCUGAUCCCAGUACUGAUCCUCAGUCAACCAUCAACCUUCGUGAUUUAGAGUAAUAUGGAAAGCUCUACUUGGGGAAACUAUUUUUAGGCAAGUGUAAAUUUAUGUAUUGAUCUCAUACAGCCUAGCUGUGCUAUUUUGCAAAUCAGGGUAUGGAUACAUUAUUUUACUUCGUAAUAUUCCAAAAGGUUAUUAUGAUUGUAUGUACAGUUUGGCAAAUGUUGUGUUUGAAGUUUGCAGUUAUCUCUUUGUGGUAGUUCCAAAUAUACUUGUAAACUUACCCCUUUCUAAUUGUACAUAAAAAAUUGCUCGAGAAGUCUUAACUGUUCUGAACAGGACUGUGGUUAUAGUCCUCGUGGCUACUUUUCUUUUUCUUUUUUUUUAAUUGAUUAUACAUGUUCAAAACUGACAUUGUUUGGCACAAGCUAAACAAGGCUAGUUUAAAAUAAACAGUAUUUUAUUUUCAGAAAUGUUAUCUUUAUCUGAGACUAAUAUACUGUAGUUUACUUUGCUGGAUAAUUGUAUCUGAGGAGGAUUUUUAACUGGUUAUUUAUUGGGUGGGCACUUUUUGUUAAGUUCAUCUGUCUGAAUUCUUAUGAUCUCUUAAGCAAAUAGUAGAUUUAAUCUGCUGUUAAACUAAUGGAAAGCAAAAGAUAUACAUAGAAUCUUAUUUAAUUUUAAAAUGUUGAUUGUUUAAUUUCAUUGAUGGCAGUUAGAUUUAAUUGGAUAUUGAUGUAACAGUGUAUUGUGUUGUAUUAUUGAUUCUAAAUAUCUAUCUUGUGCCUCAUUCCAUUCUGGAAAUUCCCUCUAAUUGUAUAGCCAUGAGAGGAAAUCUUCCAUGCAGGCCUAGCUAAGCAAACCCUCUUGUCCAAUUUUAUUUUCUGUACAUUGUUGUGGACCUUUACUUAUUCUAUUGCCACUUUCCCUUUUUACUUCAGGAAAUUCUCCCAGAAAUCCUGUCACCUGUUCUCAUUUCUAUAUAUUCAUUUCAAUUAUUUCUCUCAAACCACUAUGUGAGUACUUGACCUUAUCUUAUCUUGAGUAAGUGGCCUUUUUUAUCAUCAUGUGUCUUCUUACAGUUUUACAUUAAUAAUUCCUUCCCAUUUACUUAUAUCAAUAGCAUACAGUAUCUUCAAUAGUUAAUUUCAACAUCUUGAAUUUGAGGUAUUGUGCAUCUAUAAUUACAAUUAUAAUUAUAUCUAGGUAAUUAUAAUUACUUAGGUGUAUUUACAGGAUGGUAGGUAUGCUUGCGAUGCCCCAUCUUCCCAGUACUGUCAAAUGAUAUUUUGAAACUACCAAUGGUUUUCACCUCCACCGCCUUCACACUUAACUUAUUCCAACCAUCUACCACCCUGUUUACAAGAGAACUUUCUAAUUUUUUCAGCAACUGUUUCUUUAGCUUGAAUUCAUGAACUCCUGUUCCUGAAGUUACAAUUUUCAGGAAUUCAUCCUUGUUAAUUUUGUUGACUCAUGUUACUAUUUUGUACGUAGUGAUCAUAUCCCCCUCUUUUUCUUCAAUCUUCUAGCUUUGGCAUAUUUAACACCUCUAGCCUCUUCGAAGCUCUGGUUUUCAGUUCCAGAAGCCAUUUCGUAGCGUGUUCUUUUUGUGAUCCUCUGACAGUUCACUAUCCUCGAGAUCUCUCACUAGAUCUCUUUCUUCAUCAGAGUUCUUUAAAAUCUUCAUGUAAUUUUUAGGCUGUGUGGGGCCCAUUUUCUCCUAUUGCAUAUUCUAUAAUGUGGCACUUAUUCACAUUGAAUUCCAUUUGCCAAGUGUUAUUCCAUAUACUUUUGUCCAUGUCAUCCUGAAAGGCAUGCCAGUUGUCCAAAGUUGCUUACCCCUUUAAAUUACCUUACCUUCCCCUUCUUUUCAGUAUUGCUGGUUUAAAAAAUUCUUCCUUAAAAGUUUUUUGCAAUAUCUCUCACAAUUUUGUAUGUGGUGAUCAUAAUGCCCCUUUUAUUGACUUAAUUGUUUUUGCCUUAUUUUGGUGACAUGUUGUAGAAUUCAAUUAAGUUUGCCAGGCAUAAUUUUUCAUUUCUGAAUUCACAUUUUCCUUCUGUUAGAAAAUUUACUCUUUCCAAGUGUUCCACUAUUCUUUUUCUGAUUAUUUCUUUUUAGUGACACUGGUCUGUAAUUUAGUGCUUCAUGCCUGUCCACUUUCUUAAAUAAUAGAACAACAUUUGACUUUUUCCAUAUAUCCUGGAGUUCUCCAGUCUCGUGUCAGGUUGAAAGUUCGAGUUAAUGGGUAACACAGAAUCCAUGCAGCAUCCUUCAAUAACCAUGGGGCAGCCUAAUGUGGUUUAAUGCUUUUGCUUCAUCUGGUACUUUUAGGUUUUCUUUUACCUCUCCUACAUUAGUUUGUUCUGUCUAGUGUUGCCUCUGGCUGAAUUAUCACCUCUCCGUGGACACCAAUAUAGUUCCAGUUCAUAGACCUCCUGGAAACUCUUGUUGAGUUCUUUACUCACUUCAUUGUCACUCUUAAUGAGCCUUACCCUUAUCUCUGCAGUCCGUUUAGCUUAGGUUUAUUCCUUUGCUUCUGUCAUUGUCAUAUUUAAACAGGCUCUGCUGAUCUGAUUCUAGUAUACUUAUUCCUUGCUAUCUUUAGCACCUCACUUUUUGUUUCUCUUCCCAAUUUCCUAUAUUUUUCCAUGCCUUUUUAGUCUUGUUUUCCUUCUUACUGGGUUUUCUGUUUUCUUUUCAUCUACUACCCUCUUGAAGGGGUAUGAACUGUUUAAUUGCUUUGGUUCAUUGCCAUGUUAAAAAUUUCAUUGUCUGAUUUGCUGACUUUCCUUCAACUGAACAUCCUGCCAAUAAGCCCUAAACCUACCAUAGCCCCCUCAUCCAUCUUCUCUCACACUCUUCAACUAAUUCCGUGGUCUGAUUCCAUCUUUCCACCUCUGCGAUGUAAUUGAACAUAACACGAUCAACAUUUUACUCCCUUGCUCAGAAUGUUAACUUUUUCAUGCCAGUAAAGCUUUCUGUAUUUUGCCUUACUGUAGCUCAAAUUGUUACUCCAUCAUUGACAUCCCUCAAACCAUCAUGUUAAAGUGGCACAAAGUUAAUUGCGACUAACUCUUGACGGUGAUAUAUAAAUGAAGAUUCUUUCUUUAAUCAGGAGUCAUGCAAGCUGCUAUGUUCCUACUGUAGAAUAUGGCAUUAAGGAUAGUGUGUACUAAAAAAGUUUAGGAUAUAGUAUAUGUAGUUAUCUUCAAUAGACUGUACACUUUAUAUUUUUGUGGACUAGUACAGAAAUUCUUAUUAAAAAAAUGGCCACAAAAAGUUUACGUGUCAGUUAUUUUCACGGUGGUCACUUUUAUAUUAAUAAAUAUAUGAUGCUAGUGGCCAUAGUUGUGUGGUGGUCAGUUUCACUGCCAGGGAGGUCAGAGGCACAUUUACUAUGAAUAUGAAUUGCAUUGUGAAUUUAGGGAUGAUUGUUAUGUAAAUACUGUAUUGAUAAAUUAAAGGUGAAAUCAACCCAUUUAGUUUAAAUCAAAAUUGAAACAGUGAAGGUGUAUUUAAAUUAAUUAGAAUUCAGGGAAAGCUAUACAGUAUAGUCAUUUAAGCUUGAGUGAAAUUAUAUUCAAUUAAGUCAUGUAAUGUAUCAAUGUCUUUACAGUACAGUCAGUAUAUUUAAGUUAAUUUGGGAUAUUGCUGGAUAAGAAUUUAAUGUGGUUAUAUAUGUGUGGGGCAUUUUGGCUGUACUGGUGAAGAUAACUUACUGCUUGUUGAAUUUAUAAGAGAAAGGUAUUAACAAAAGUAGAUUGGUAAAGUUAUUAAAACCCUGUUCCACUGUGCAUGUUUAGUUUUUGUGUUGGACAUAAGAUUAUGGUAGCUUGUUAUCAGACUAUAUUUCAAGAAUAGGUAUUUUCCAUAUUUUUAUCACAUUCUUUAUCUAUAGUUUAUAUGACUAUUCCAUAAUACAUGAAGUUGUUUGUUACUACCUUUUCUAUACAUUUUGUUCAGUUUAUCAACAUUACAUAAUUGAGGUUAGGUGACCAUCAUAUAAUAGGAGUUUUAUAUUUAGAAUCUUGUAUAUUUGUAUAAAAGAGUAUUGGGUGGGAAAUACCCAUGUUGCAUAACACUGCCAUAGAAGUUAAGGUACAGUAUGAAAGGAUUGUAGCACCUUAUUGCUUCUUUGCCAAAGUAUUUGGUUAAUCAGUUAACAAGAACUUUUGCUGACAGUUGCAGUGGUUUGUUAAUAUCAUAACAUCUAAGAUGAUGUAUUAUUAGGGGUAAUAAAAUAUAUAUCUUUCAAUAUACAUUUCUGGCACUUAUAGUAGGUUAGGGUAAAAGAGAUGUAACUGCUUUUUAGAAACAUUGACAAUAACAAAACUUAGUAUUUUUCAGAAAAUUGGUUCUGAGCACAAUACUUGCACAGAAAAAAAUUCUAAGGCAGAUUUCAACUCAGCACUGGAAUUAAUAUGUUGUUUUAAGAUGUACACUUUUACAAUUUAGAAAAAGCAUACAGCUGGUGUAAAGGUGAUUUUUAUUUAAACAUGACAGGACAUUUGCAACCUAAAACUGUUUAAAGUAAAAUUCAUUAUUUCUUGUGGUAGAAAUAAAAAAAUUGUGUACUGUACUGAUUUUGAACAAAUAUUACUAUAAAUCAUUGUUCCAGAGGUUUUGUUACAUUUUAGUGUAUGAAUGUGCAUCUAACAGUUAAAUUAUAUGGUUGUGCUCAUUUCAUUGAAUGACCUGUAUGGGAUUUCUGAUUAAUUAUCAUGAAUAUUCUUUUUUAUGUUGGUAUUGCGUUAUUUUUAUUAUUAAACAAAAUUGUGUCCUGUACUCAAUAAUCCUGUAACCACACCUAAAUGUGAUUACAGGACGAGAGCUACACUCAUGGUGUCCUGUCUUCCCAGCACUCUGUCAUAUAACGUUUUGAAACUACUGAUGGUUUUGGCCUCUUCCACCUUCUCACUUAACUUGUUCCAACCAUCUACCAAUCUGUUUGCAAAUGAAAACUAGUAUUUUUUCGGCACCUUUGUUUCCUUAGUGUGAAUCUGUGUCCUCUUGUUUGUGAAGUUGCUGAUUUCAGGCAUUCUUUUGUCAAUUUGGACGAUUCCUGUUAGUAUGUUGUAAGUGGUGAUCAUAUCACACCUCUUCUAUCUUCUAGUUUGGCAUGUUUAACACCUCUAGUCUAUCCUCGUAACUUGUUUUUCAGUUCCGGAAGCCAUUUUGUAGUUGUAAUUUAUAUAUUAUUUUUAAAUAUAAAUGCAUUGUGUUAGUUUUCUUGGGGAGUUCCUUGUGGCUCACUAAACCUACUAUGUUGAUAUAAUACCAAACUACUAGAUGCCAUCAAUUGUGGAGUUUUUUCGGCCUACUGGAGAUCAAAGCAACCCCCCUGACCCCCUCUAGGGAGGCAUAGGGAGCAGUGGCACUGUGAUGAAAUUAUCUGUGAAUUUUAAUCAUGUCCUUCACCACCAUGGAAGCACCCACAAUGUCAGAAAAAUAAAGCAAGACCACUGCCUGUUAUAAGAAAAGAUAGAUGCCUCAAACUAAGAUCGCAUGACCUCAAAAUCACUAAAAGAACUCCCCCCAGCAAUGUAAAACUAUUCAAAAUUUAUGAAACUAUUGCAAGCUCUAGGGAGCCGAGCGGACAGCACGCUAGACUUGUGGUCCCGGAUACCGGCGAGAAACAAUGGGCAGAGUUUCUUUCACCCUAUGCACCUGUUACCUAGCAGUAAAAUAGGUACCUGGGUGUUAGUCAGCUGUCACGGGCUGCUUCCUGGGGAUGGAGGCCUGGUCGAGGACCGGGCCGCGGGGACACUAAAAGCCCCGAAAUCAUCGAGAUAAGCUCAUUCACCUUGCCUCACCUCUCAUUUUGGGGGAGAAGGGAGGCAGACCAGGUCAGCUGGCUGUUCCAUCCUUAGCUCUUUGUUGAUGGUAGAUAGACGGUGCUAGUUUUGUUUGCAGGGGUUGAGCUUUGGCUCUUUGAUCCCACCUCUCAACUGUCAGUCAACUAAUCUUCAGGUUCUUGAGCCCAUCAUGGUUACAUUUGAAACUGUAUGGAGUAUGGUCUGCCUCCACCACACCACUACCUAAUGUAGUGCCUUCUCUAUUCUUUUGGCAUCCAUGUUCUGUUUCAGCUAAAUGGUGGGUUUUUGCCUUUGUGGUUGCUUCAACAUACAUGCUGUGAGAGCCAGGAGUAUAGGGCACUUGGAGCUGCAUGGGCACAGGGAUUUCUUCCCUGUGUACUCCUUAGCUCUGCCCUUGCACUACCUGAGCACUCUUUCCUGGAGUGUUCAGAAUUCGCUUCCUUAUUUAUGGUGGUCCUCGCCUGGGUAAGCCCAUUAGUUUUAAUUUUCUGUCUUGCCUGGGGCCAGGAACAAUUUUUGGCUGGUUGGGGUGCACUGAGGUUCACACGACCUAACCAAGGCAUGCCGAGGUCUGCCUUCUCAGUCUUAGGUAAGCUGGGUUGGCCUUCUUAGACCUGUUCCAUUGUCCAUACAAUUUUUUUUUUUCCCCAUUCGUAUUUU